AAAUGCUAUUUUUCAAAAGCUUAUAUCUGUCAAGAUUUUCAUCAAAAUUAUUUAAACUUGUUAUCGGCUAAUUUCAAUGCAAGAUAUCGAUUCAGCGAAAUUGCGAGAUAACAAUUCGCUGAAUUUUCAUGGUUAAUCAGUUCAUUGAUCAGUAUUUAAAAAAACCCUGUUAUUUUGAAUUAUUUCCAUCGAUAUUAAUUCUGUGAAAAUGAGAUAAUACAAAUACAGGAGUUAUAAAGGCACAUUCUCUCUCUCACUCUCUGGUUUUAGCAGUUGUUCUUUAUUCAGGGAUAACAAUCCAUUCCAGAGAUGCUGACAAAAUUUUAAAUAAUUCAAAAUAUUAGGAUAAAAUAUUUUGUUGAAACAAAGAAUAAAAAAGAAUCAAUCAUAUCUCAAUUAUUGGAUUUUUUUUUACUUCGAAAAUGAUUUAGAAUCUCAGGAACUUAUCUGAGUCGAUAAACCUGAUAAGAAAAGCAAUUUCAUUAAAAAAAAAAGAUCUUCACAAACUUUGCGAAACUCUGGCUUCUGAGUGACCAUCUAAAAUGUUUGUCCCCGUUGUGCUAAUUGGGAUUGCUUUUAUGAUGUUUCUAAAAUAUGCCUUUUACAGACAGAAAUACAACCAAGAAUUGCCAGGAAGACAGCUGAGAUUCUUUGAUGUUUUAGGCAACGUACCUGACAUUCCUUUCAAAGUACACAGAAAAUUAGGAUUAUCUUUCAAUGUUUCUGUUCAACAAGCCUUUGGUGGUUAUGCACGUUUAUUUCGAAAAGAGAAAUUGUUCUGCUUCUGGAUAAUUUACUUUCCUUUUGUCUUUCUUUUAAACGCUGAAGCAGUGGAGGCACUGAUUAAUGGAACUAAACACAUGGAAAAGGUGUGGUCAUACAAUUUUCUUCAUCCUUGGUUGGGCACAGGACUGUUGACUAGCCAUGGUUCCAAGUGGAAAUCUCGAAGGAAAUUAUUGACAGCCUCUUUUCACUUCGAUAUUUUGAAGGAUUUCCUGCCGAUUUUCAAUAAACAGGCACAAAUCUUGGCGAUGAGGUUAAAGAGGGACAUAACAAAGGAUUUUAUUGACAUUGUAACGCCUGUAACACUCUGCAGUCUUGAUAUUAUUUGCGAAACAACUUUAGGAGUCUCUAUUUCAGCACAAGAAAAUGGUGAAUCGCAGUAUGUGAAAUCAGUAAUGAGAGCAUCGGAUAUUGUUAUGGAGAGAAUGGCUAAUUGUUGGUUGUGGACAGACUUCAUAUUUCAAUUCACUAAAACCGGUAAAGAAUUCAAGCAUCAUCUACAAGUUCUUCAUGAAUUUACCCGAUCUAUCAUACGAGAAAAAAAGAAAAGGAUCCUUAGUGAAAAUCAUAACAAUCAAGGCAAACGUAAACGGAUGGCUUUGAUGGAUUUAUUGCUUGAACAUCACAUCAAAACCAAAGAUUUGACUGAAGAAGAUAUCAGAGAAGAAGUCGACACCUUUGCUUUUGAAGGUCACGAUACCACUUCUAUGGGCAUUUGUUGGGCCUUGUAUCUGAUCGGAUUACACAAAGACGUUCAGGAGAAAGUUCGCGAGGAGUUAAAUCAGAUAUUUGGAGAUGAUACCGAAAGAGACGUCAAUACGGAUAACCUGAAAGACAUGAAAUACCUGGAUUGUGUUCUCAAGGAAUCUCAAAGAUUGUUUCCCUCUGUGCCUGUCAUUGGAAGACAAACAAGCGAAGACACAACAAUUUGUGGUUAUCCAGUGCCUAAGGGAUGGUCCUGCGCAGUAUUGGUUUACGAAUUGCACAGAGAUGAGAGUGUAUUCCCAAAUCCUGAAAAAUUUGAUCCAGAUCGUUUUCUUCCAGAGAAUUCUCUUAAUCGUCAUCCAUAUGCCUACAUUCCCUUCUCAGCUGGCCCCAGAAAUUGUAUUGGUCAAAAAUUCGCUCAAAUGGAACAGAAAGUUAUCGUUUCUACAAUUCUGAGACAUUACGCCAUUGAAUCUUUGGACUCGAGGGACAAGCUUAUUAUUGUUCCAGAGCUCAUUCUCAGGCCUACUGGUCCUAUUAGAUUGAGAAUUAGACCAACCGAAAAACAACAUUGAAAAUAAAAUGGGAUAUGUGAAGAUGUCAUUUUUAAUGCGUAAUUCAUUAUGAAUAACUUUUAUUAUCAUGUGAGAACAUGAUGUUGUUUUGGUUAGUGGGUUUUGAAGCUCGAAAUCGCAAAGGCAAUGAAUAGAGCAUAAAUGGUAAUUUUCUACAUCAACUUUUAAUCGCAUAUAUUUUUUACCUGCUUUUACCAGUAUUGCAUUAUUAUUAUGUAUGCUUCUUUAAAAGCAGAUGCGUUUUUAAAAGGUUGACUUGCUUUUACCAGUAUUGCUUUAUUAUUAUGUAUGCUUCUUUGACAGCAGAUGCAUUUUUAAAAGGUUGAAGUAGAACUAUGACAUCAUAUCUUUUAUUUCAUCUCAAAAUUGGUCGAGCUCCUUUGUUUGCCAGCUAAUAUAUAUAAUAUAGUGAUAGAGACCGAUAGAGAAGUCUCAUGAUUGUUUCAAACCGGCUUAAACUGGUUAAUGACUUAAAUUAAUUAAGACAAAUAAUGAUUUAAAAAUAAUAAUGUUCUCACAUGAUAACUUAAAAUUUGAGAUCGUAGAUUUCAUUUUAAUUCUUAUUAUUGGAUUUAUUUUUGUACUUUCGUAGUUGACAAGAAUUAUGUUCUUUUUUAUUUAAUUUUACUAUAUGUUAUUUAUAAACCUUUUGUAUGUAUAAAAAGUUGAUACUCUAAUAUUUUAUUUAGCAAUUUGAUAUUUUUUGUUUUGUUUUAGAGAACAACAACAAAAAAAAUAAUAGUUCUCAUAUUCAUCACACUAGCAAUCAUAUUAAUUUUGAACAUGUUUUUAUGUAUAAAUGGGUACCUCUUUCAAAGUACUGAUAUUUGAUCAUACAAUAUACUAUGUACAUUAAAAAGAAUUUAAAUUUUAUUACUAAUUUAUAUCUGUUGUAAUUUCAAUAUGGGAUUAAUACUUGAGUCCAUUAGAACAUUAAUUAUUUAUAAACGGCAGUCAGUUACUAUUGUAUAGCCAUGAUCCAGACUGUGCAGGCACAAAGGUUAUGCUCUAUGAAUGCGACGAAAUUCUUUUCAGCUUGCUCUCGCUAUAAAUAUCAGAAUUAGAGUUCAUGUCUCGAAAUCUAGAGGAGAUAUUGAAAGAAUACUGAUACUGAAAUCUAAAAGCAAAAGAGUGAAAAUAUUAAUGGAAAAGAUAACUUUGCACACGGGUGCUAAAAAUGGUACAUCAGCAAUAUUCGUUUAUUUGUUCACUGUUUUAAGCACUAAGUCGCAUUAAAUGAGCAACUAUUUGUUAUUGAGUCAAAUCAUUGGCUCCAUGCUCUUAAUGUGCAUCUGAAAUUUUGGCUGAAUCUCCCAUUGAACAUUUGGCAGCACGUCAGGUGUCACACCAUCGAAGAUCCUGAAAAUGUUGUUGGUCUGGUUUCACACACUUAUUCUCCGGGAUAUCUUUAUAUUGAUUGAUAGGUUUAUAAAACGGCAGUCUUUGCAUUCUUAAAUUUAAUUUUCACAAAAGAUCCGAAAAUUUAGAUUUUUGGUGAGCCAAAAAUCUUCCAAAUUUAACUCACCUUAAGAUCCUUGAUUUAGAAAUAUUUGAUUAAGAUUAAUUGUAAUCACAUGCAAUAAGCUUUUAAUAAGAAGUGAAAAUAGCAAAUGAUAAAUCAAAUAACAUUUUAGACUUAAAGUGAACAAAAUCUGAAAAACAACAAAAACAGCAGCAGCAGCAACAACAAAAAUAAUAGCAUUAUCUUCAACAUCAAUAACAAUAACAACAAUAUCAACAUCAUCAACAAUAAUAAUAAAACAACUGUGCUGCCUAAAACUAUUUAGAGAAGUUUAUCAUGAAAACUCGUAAUAAUGUUGUUUUCCAAAAUGUUUUAUAUUAUUUUAGACCAACUGGUUCAUUUAAAAUAUUGGUUGUGUACAAUUUCUAUUAAAUAUUUUAUGCAGAAUUUAAUUUUUAUUCUUUCUUUCAACAAAAUUCAAGCAUCAAAUUAUAAUAGAUGUUAAGCCUUGUUAUUUUAUUAGAUUAUAAACUGUUCUGUUUAUCUAGUGAAUGAAUCUCUCUAAUGGAGUUAUAAAUUCCAUAGCACCAGAGUACCAUGAAAAACUUAAAUAUCAGUAUAAUCUGUUUAAAAUUGCACGUUGUCUUUUUGGUUAAUGUAAUUUCGCUUUCUGAUUCUUCAUGAAAAUUUCCCAGAUAAUGAGCACAAUAUUUUUUACACUGCUUUCAGUAAUGAAAGAAAAUUACACGAUUAAAUAUUUCAUGAAACAGUGAAAAUGAUUUGAAUUUUAUUAGAACAAAUGUCAACUAUUGUUUAAAAAUUUUUUAAAAAAUUACCAAAAUAUAGAAAAAAAUCCAGGAUAAUUAAAUUGAUGCAGUCAAAAAGUAAAAUUUUAUGUUUUAAAACAGUGUUGAAGCCAAUAUAUUAACAUAUGUAAUAAUACUUUCCUGGGCUAUUGAAAUUAAACAUUAAAAAUCUCGCUCAGUAUUUAAAUAAAUAAAACCCUAAUUAAAAUUCCCCCUCUCCAUAAAAAUCGUUCCAAAAUGCACAUUUCGAAAAACAUUUAUGAAUCUAUUUAUAGAUUUGUAAAUUAUAUAUUUAAAGCAAACCUAUCCCAAAUUUGGUCUCUCCAGGUCAAACGAUUUGAAUUAUAAAACGCCAACACAAGUACGUUCUCCAUCAUUAUCAGAAAAGAUAGAUAUUAAAACAAUAUUGAAUGCUUUUUCUUAUCGACCAGAUUUUACAUUCUUAGCAAUAAAUUCAAUCGACCGAUCAGUAAUCUUUAUCAAACUUUUAAGCUUUUUGACCUUCCUCAAACAGCGGGGCUUUCGAUUUGACAUGUUGCGUUUUAAGAUUUACAAUUCAACGGAGAAAAUCAAAAAUGAAGUUGGAUCGUUUCCUUUUGAAAAACUGUAUCCAAAUUUGGUAGAAAUUUAUAAAUUUCAUAUCCAGACAGUGUAUCAGAUUUUAUCCUUCUGGUCCAUUAUGUUUUUGAAAUAUCACGAUCAAGACAUUAAGAAACUGAAAUAAUUUUGACGAGAGGGAAUAUUCUCGCAUAAAAUAUGUUGUAUUCUUUCUAAAAAAAAGGGUGUCAUACCUCCAUCUAUUCCUUCUUGCAGUGAAAAGUGUAGACCUUCGGAAAGGCUGGAAGUGUUACGAGAUUUUUUUUUUUACUUUGGGAAUAAAAGACUAAAACAAAGUAGAUAAAUACAACAAAUGCGGGUGAGAUCUCUUUCCUUCUUUCAAGUUCUGUGACGCAAAAUGGGACGUUUUUACUUUGGAGCUUAAUAAAGCUCAAGGAGCAUGCACAGAGUAUUUGGAGGCCUUUGUUUUAACCGAUGUAUUCCAAAAUUUGAUACAGACAUACAAUUUUGGUCAGAAAAAUACAUAACAGAUUUUAUUAAUUUACUUCAAUUUAAAAAUCACGUUCACAUACAUAGUAAAAUUAAACCGACAUUCAUUCCGCUAUGGUUAAUUUAAUCCAAAAUUUGAUGCAUUUUUCAAUCUUAGAAUUAAAAAAAGAGAGUUCUCUUGGAUGUUUUUUGAUUUAAAUAACUGAUAUUUACAUAUUAGUAUUAAGAUUCCAUAUUAAAUUAUAUCUAUCUAGUUCACUGUGUUUUUAAGCUAUCGUUCUUACAGACAGUAGAAUAAUUAGACAAAAAGCAUUUUAAACAUAUAUUUUUCAAAUUUAAGGACUUAUUUAAGACAGGGAGAUUACAGAAAAUUUCGAGUUCAAAUUCCUUGCAUAUUACAAUACUUCCAAAUUCCAUAGUCCAUCCAUAAUUUCUGUAUGUAAAUUCCCAAUAUUGAAGUAUAACACGAAGUCUAUUUUAGGAAAAAUCCAUAAUUCUGAGUCACGGUCAAAUGCAGAGGACAUCUAAACUAUUCAUAGAGCACCAGUUGGAAAAAUAAUAUCUCUGUUGCAUCAGAUUUAGUCGUGCACCAGACCUACAUAAAUUACGAGUCUUUAUUGGGAUCGAAUUUGGAUUUGGAAACUAUCAAGGGCCGAAGCCGAGACCUUACCACUAGGCCUCUGUGGCACUGUGUGUAUGAGGAAUUAAACCGAAUUUCCUUUUAAAAAAUAUAAAAUAAUAAUAAUAGAUUUUUUCCCCUCAGAUUUCAUGACAUUAUUUUAUUAUCAAUUCUGAGAAUAUUUUUUUAUUGCUGUAGGAAACUGAAACCAUAUAGAGAUAUUUUUAUCCAUUGAAAAUUCUAUGUUCUGAAGGAUAUCAAAAGAAAUGUAUUUAUCCGUCAGUAUUUAAGUA